UUUCAUGAACGAACAGGAGUAAACGUGUUUGUGCCGGUUUGCAUUUAUUUUCUUUACAAAAAAUACAGAUAAUCAAAUCGUGGUUAGGAAAAAGGUAGUAAAACGUCUGUUAUGUGAAGUUAUAAAUUUUAAUUAUUCUGCUCACAGAGUUAUAUAUACUUUUAUCGAGUCCAACAUCUCAAAUAAAUAAGCAAUUAAAAAUGCCAAGAGACUUUUGGGUAAUGCAGCGAGACGUCUCCUAUGAACAAUUAAUCAAAUUUCUUACAUUAAUCAGAGCUUUACCAGCAUUAUACAGAUUGAUGCCGAGACAUAAUCGUGCUUUGACCUUGAAAACAUUUUGGGAUACAUCUGCUCAAAAGUUGAACGCUGUAAAAGGUGGAGCUUUAAAGAGUGGCUUUGGUUGGUCGCAGUAUUUGCAUUAUUUGAGAUUACGAAUAAAACAAAGGAUCGCUGAAAUAACAUACGAAACUAAAAUAUGUAAAGUACCAGAAGAUGAUUAUAUACCUGUAGCUGAAUUAGACAGACUCAUUCUCUUAUAUAUGGAUGCCAAUGAUGAUGAACAAGAAAUUAAUUACGUGUUUGAUCCCACGAAAAGUCAAUAUUGGAAAUCUUGUACAUCGAAGCCAGCUGCAGUGCGCAAACGUCGUCACACCGCUUCUGACAUUGUUAUCACGAAGCGCAAGAAACGGUCUCCAUCGAGCUCCGAAGAGACUAAUGAUGAAGAUGUGAAAGCUCCAGAUGGUGUGUGCGAGAGCAGGCCUCAACGCAAUGCCGAUUCAGAUGACGUCGAAUUUGAAGCCCCGGCCAUACUUCGUCGUUCUCUCUCAUUCACUGAUAUGAGUGAUGCGAUAAAAUAUGAUCGCAAAAUAAAGUUGGAGGUUCAAGCUGAAAGAACCAAAAAUGACCCGGAGUCUGUUAAAAAACGGGAAAUAGAUAGAGUAAAGGAUAUUCGUUUAAUCACCCAGACUCUGCGUGCAACUAUGUUUGAUAGCCGGCGUAUUUUGUCGGUUGUGAACACCGUUAGUGAGAUUUUGAAGAAUAAUCCAAGAUUUCGAAGAACCAUUAGCAAAAUUCCAACUAUCUUUUAAACAUAUUGAUUGUGGUCUUGGGUUAACAAUAUACUAGUUGAUCCAAGAUUGUGAACCUUCUCUAUCCUAUGGGUCUAUCAAGCGCCCUUGCAAUAGCUUCUUCCUUCUUCACUUUGUCUUUGUACUUGCCUUUAAAUGUAUGCUCAUAAUUUGGAUGUUGGCGUUUAUAUUAAAAUCGUAAAAUGUUUAUUGGUCUUUCAUUCUAAAUAUUCAUUUCAGCAAACUCUAUUUUAGAUUAAUAGUAGAGAUUAGUGUACUAAAUUUAUGAGUGUUGUAAUACAGUAGUGUUGAUCUCGCUUUUACUUUGGAAUGAAACGUCAUCACCAAAGCUCGCCUUCGCUUUUAAGAUGUAUGUGUGCCAAAGAUUUAUUUAAAGCAAAAGACACCAGAACUUAUAAUAAUUUGUUGGAGAAAAUAGAUGUUGUCUUAUCCUAUGUAUAUCCAUCUAGUAGCGAACAUAGUAUAUGUAGGAUGUGCUGGAUGUGUAUAGAACGUAGAACGACGUCUACUCUCGUCGGCGGUUUGAUUAGUACUGACUGAAUAUUGGCUCAGUGCUGCCAUUACUACGCACCCGAGUCAGUCUGGCCAACAUUGCCGCACACAGCGACGAUUAUAUUAUUCUCUUUGAUAUCUUAUAAUUUGUGAAGUUUACCACCAAGAAUGAGCUUGUACAUUGAACUGAAAAGAAAUUAAGACUCUCAAUCUAAGGGUACGCCCUCGUAGUAUUUUACUG